AUGAGCUGUUUGGAUGUUAUGUACCAAGUCUACGGUCCUCCUCAGCACUACUUCGCAGCAGCCUACAGCCCCUAUCACCAGAAACUCGCCUUUUACUCCAAAAUGCAAGAAGCCCCGGAGAGCAGCAGCAGUCCCAGCGCCAGCAGCUCCUUCUCCAGCCACCCCGCCGCCAGCAUCAAGGAGGAGGACUGCAGCCCCGAGAAGGAGCGGCCGCCCGAGGCCGAGUACCUCAGCUCCCGCUGCGUCCUCUUCACCUACUUUCAGGGGGACAUCAGCACCGUGGUGGACGAGCACUUCAGCCGGGCGCUCAGCCAGCCCAGCAGCUUCUCGCUCGGCAGCGCGAAGGCGGCGAGGAACGCCGGCUCCUGGCGGGAUGGUUCCUUCCCAAUGAGCCAGCGCAGUUUCCCGCCGUCCUUCUGGAACAGCACGUACCAACCCUCCUCCGUCCCAGCCACCCUGAGCAGCCCCUUGGCAGCUGCGGCCCACAGCGAGCUGCCCUUUGCCGCCGCCACCGACCCCUACGCGCCUGCCUCUCUGCACGGGCACCUGCACCAGGGAGGCCCUGAGCCCUGGCACCAUGCUCACCACCACCACCACCACCAUCACCACCCCUACAUCGGGACGCAGGGUGCUGCCUACCCUCGCCCCGCUGCUGUGCACGAGGUCUACGGGCCUCACUUUGACCCCCGCUACGGCUCGCUCCUGGUGCCCACCGCCUCCGUCCGCCCCCACCGCCUCACCCCCGCCUCUGUGCCCACACCGGUCAGCCCCCCCUGCGAACUAGGCAAGAGCGAGGCGGGCGCUGCUGCGGCCUGGACGACACCGGGACCUUUCCCCAGUGCAGCAGGGGACAUGGCACAGAGCCUCGGCCUCAAUGUGGACGCAGCUCGCCGUUACUCCUUCUGUGGUGGAUCCCUUCUGAGCUGA